GAUGAAGGAUACGACGCCAGCAAGCCCGUUCCCAAGAUUCCCGACUCUAAGAAGACCAAGCGGAAGCUGUUGAAGAAGCAGAAGAAUUCCGAAGAGCAAGAAGAACCUGGUACCGUCUAUGUUGGACGUAUUCCUCACGGUUUCUACGAACACCAGAUGCGGGCUUACUUUACCCAAUUCGGCGAGAUCACUCGCCUUCGUCUCUCCAGGAACCGUAUUACCGGACGCUCGAAGCACUACGCUUUCAUUGAGUUCGCCUCGACCUCGGUCGCUAAGAUUGUCGCGGAGACCAUGGACAACUACCUGAUGUACGGCCACAUUCUCAAGUGCAAGUUUGUCCCUUCGGAGCAGCUGCACCCCGAUCUCUGGAGGGGAGCCAAUAGACGAUUCAAGCGAACCCCGUGGAACCGGAUCGAGAAGAAGCGUUUGGACAAGGGCAAGACCCGAGAGCAGUGGUCGGAGCGUAUUGAGAAGGAGCAGAAGAAGAGACUCGCCAAGCUUGAGAAGCUCAAGUCUGUGGGAUAUGAUAUCGACCUUCCUCAGCUGAAGAGCGUGGACGAAGUCCCUAUUCAAGAGGAGCCGAAGGCGAUCGAAGGCGCUGAGACUGCCGAAGAACCCACAAAGGCCAUUGAGGCUCCUGCCGCCAAGGAGGCCGAUGUGGAGAAGAAAUCUGAUGAUACCCCGAAGAAGUCUAAGAAGGAAAAGAAGGCAGCCCAGGCAGCUCCCAAGCAAGACACACCCAAGCAGGAAGAGGCAAAGCCAGCAUCUAAGAAGGGUGCCAGCGAACAGACUGCUUCACCUGCCACCAAAGCUGGCGCAAAGACGAAGAAGGCCAAGAAGACCAAGGCCAAGGCAUGA